AUGGGAUACAUUAGAUAAAGAUAUUAGCUUUAAAAAGAAAAAUACUGAUAUAUUUCUUUUAAGUGCAAAUUCUGAACUGCCACCUCCAAUCUCCAGGCAUAUACAGUCGCCAAUUGCUUCUCCUCUUCCUAUGUGUGCCUCUUCAAGUUCAGGUAAUGAUCCAUCUUCCUCUAAUUUCUCUGGGCAAGAUAAUCAUAACUAAUCUUCACAACCUGAAUCUAACUCCUCUGACCAAGAUAACCAAAACCCAUCUCCAAUUUUGAACCAGCCCAUCUCCGCAGCUACUCCAAGAAUCACACAACCUAUCACCAUAACCUACUAACGCCGAAACACAUUCCCCCAGCAGCCUGUACCACACACCAAUCAACUCCCACUCUCUACGACCACGCCUACCAAACCUCCACUUCGUCACCCAAUGGUCACAAGGUCGCAGACUAACAGUCUAAAUUCCAAGCAAUUUCACCUAUCAGUUCAAUCCACACUCAUGCCUGAACCUAUACCAAAGACCUUUAAACAAGCACAAUUUUAUGGCGGACUGCUAUGCAGUCUGAAUUUGAUGUUUUAGUUAGAAACAUGACUUUGGACUUGGUACCCAGGGAUCCCUAAAAGAAUGUGGUUGAUUGCAGAUGGUUGUUUAGGCUUAGGCAUAAGCCUGAUGGUUCGAUUGACAGGUACAAAGCAAGACUUGUUAUGAAAAGCUUCACAUAGCGACCUGGUUUAGACUAUCACUCAACUUUUAGCCUGGUGGUUAAACCUACAACUGUUCGUUCAGUUCUUGCUAUUGCAACUCAACUAUCCUGGCCCAUUCACCAGUUGGAUGUUAAUAACAUCUUUUUACGGGGAAAGCUUGAAGAAAAGGUAUACAUGAAGCAGCCUACAGGUUUUGAAUCUAGACAUAAUCAUACUCAUGUAUGUAAACUUAAUAAAGCUAUCUAUGGCUUGAAACAAGCUCCACGAGCUUGGUACACUGAGCUGAAAAAUUAUAUUCUUACCCUUAGUUUUAUCAAGUGCGAAUUUGAUGCUUCUCUUUUUAUUCUUCAUAAGCUUGGAGUUACUGUGUACAUCCUAGUUUACGUGGAUGAUAUUAUUGUGACUGGUAACUAGCCAACUGCUAUGAAAUCCAUUAUUAAUGCUCUGUCUUCACGGUUCUCUAUUAAAGAUCUUGGGUUGAUUCAUUACUUUCUUGCCGUUGAGGUUACGCACGCAUCAGAUGGAUUGCUCUUAUCUCAACAUAAAUAUGUCAAAGAUCUUCUCCAAGAUGUUAACAUGGCUGAAUGCAAAGGCGCUCCCACACCCAUGACCUCUACAUGUACCUUUGAAACAUCUCGUGAGGAUUCCAAAGUGGAUGGCACUCUUUAUCGUCGAGUCAUUGGAAAGCUUCAUUAUCUAUCCUUUACUCGUCCUGACAUUGCCUUUGCAGUAAGCAAAUUAUCUCAAUUUAUGCAUCAACCAGGUGUUUCUCACUGGAAAACUGUCAAGCGUCUUCUGAGAUAUCUUUGUCACACUGCUCAUCUUGGUAUUAAGCUUGCUAAAAAAUCUGCUACUCAAUUAGUUGCCUAUUCUGAUUCGGAUUGGGCUGGUGACCCAUUUGAUCGAACAUCUAUAACAGGGUAUGUUGUAUAUCUUGGUGAUUCUCCUAUCUCAUGGUCUUCUAAGAAGCAACGUUCUGUUUCUCGAUCGUCUACUGAGGCUGAAUAGAGAGCUGUUGUAGCUACAACCUCUGAAGUUGUCUGGCUCAAAAACUUGCUUCGUGAGCUUCACUUUCCACUGUCCAGUCCUCCUCGCAUUCUCUGAGACAACAUGAGCACUACUUACAUUUGUGCCAAUCCGGCUUUUCAUAGCCGUAUGAAACAUGUUGAGAUAGAUUUCCACUUUGUUCGUCAGCUAGUGCAAUAUAAGGUUCUCGAGGUCCAUCGCCUUCAUGCUGUAGAUCAAGUUGCAGAUAUUCUUACGAAGCCGCUGCCCAGUUCUGCAUUUCUACAUAUGUAUCUCAAGUUGGGUCUAGUUGACACCAGCCCCACCUUGCGGGGGCGUGUAAAGGA